GUCCGGCAAGGAAUUGUGUGGUGGCGUGGAGAUUGAACUUAAGAAUGUAGCUUGUCGGGCUUAGUUUGUUGGACAUUAGUCUCGGCCGGAGGUUUAUCAGUGUGCACUUUCGGCCGGGUUUUUACACGUGGUGGAUAAGUGAAGUGAUGGUGCUUGCUUGCUACUAGUAACAUCAAAUAUCAGUCACUAUGAGUGUGCGUGGCGUGGGUGCUCCGAAAACUAAUUAGUUAGUUAAAUUCAAUUAUUUGUUUUUUUAUUCAUUCUGCAAAUCCCACAAAACACACUCCUAAAAGUCCUAAUAAGCUCUCGCUCGGUCGCAUUAAUGGCGCACGAAGCUUCCCAGUUCGAGUCCGGCGAAAUGCUGGCGGCAUUUCUCUUCUCCACGCCGCUGCUCCAAGAGUCGUGGCGGCUGUGUGCCGCCGUGGCCGGGCAGCAGCAGGGAUUCGCGGUGGAGAGGGUGGGGCCGACGGCACUGGUGGCGUUCUCCGCCGUGCAGCCGACGGCGGGAGGAUGGUCGUCGGAUUUUGUGGAGGUGGAGGGUAAGGGGAUGUUUGGGGGUGUUGAGGGUGGAGCGGCGAGGGUUCACGGCGGCGUGCUGAAGGUGUUCCAGUCGUACCACGCCGCCCCCUCUUUUCAACGGAAGUUAGAGGAGGCGUUGAAGGAUUGCAAGUCAGUGGUUUUGGCGGGUCAUGGCCUGGGUGGAGCGGUGGCUGCCCUCUCCGCCCUUUGGCUUCUUUCCCGGUUCGAGAGCGCGCCAAUUUUCUGCAUCACCUUCGGCUCCCCCAUGCUCGCCAACCACCCAUUUUCCAAAGCCAUUCUGCAGCAAAGAUGGGCCGGCAAUUUCUGUCACAUUGUCGCGCCCACAGACAUCUUCCCUACACUGCUUUUCUCUCCACGUUCUCCAUUUCUCCCUCGAAUCUUUGCCAUGUUUACAAGCUUUGAUCAGCUACAACAUUUUCCUAUCUCUAAUGUCGAGAGAGAUGAGCUGCUUGCCGAGCUUUUGGGCCGUGUCGAGGAUUGGUUAAAAUUGUCCGGGGACAAGGAAAGCUUGUAUUGCCCGUUUGGUAGUUAUGUGUUUUGCACUGAGAAAGGCGCGGUUUGCAUGGAUGACUCGAGGGCUAUAGUCGAGUUUCUUGGUUACUCCAUGCUUUCCGGAGGUUGGGUUAGUUCUUGUAUAGAGGAUCAUCUCAAGUAUGGGGAUUAUGUUGGGAGAGUUUGCGCGCAAUAUAUGCAAAAGCUAAGCUUUCGCCCAACUAUUAUUCCCGACUCAAGUAGUGAAGCCGGCGUCGCAUUGGCAUUGCAAUCCAUUGGGAUAUCUUAUGAGGAUGCUGUGUAUGGCAAGGCCACAAAUUGUUUGUUGAAAGCCCGGCAACUCAACUGGAGGCGCAACCUUAACAACGCUAAAAUGGCUGUUUCGCUAUCGAAGAUCACCCCAUUUAGGGCCGAGCUAGAGUGGUACAAAGACUAUUGUGAUGCCCAAUAUCAACUAGGGUAUUACGACGCCUUCAAGCGCAGGGGUGCUUCGCGAAGGGACUUCAAGGUUGUGAUGAACAUGCGCAAACUCGGAAGAUUCUGGGAUGACUUGAUUGACAAGAUGCAGAAGAACGAACUCACUCCCGACUUCCACAAACAGCCAAAGUACGUCAACGCUUCCCGUUUCUACGAGCUCCUUGUCGAGCCACUAGAAAUAGCCGACUAUUACAGAGCAGGUAUGCACACGAAGAAAGGGCACUAUAUCGAGCAUGGGAGGAACAAACGGUUUGAUAUAUUCGACAAGUGGUGGGCAGACAGAAAAGUUGGAGACGAGGAGAGGAAACCGAGGAGCAAGUAUGCGGGCCUAACGCAAGAUCCAUGCUUCUGGGCUCGGGUGGAGGAAGCCCGGGACAAAGUUUUUCAAGCAACGAACGAAAUGGAUAUGAGGAAACGUUUGCUGCUGUUGGAUGACAUCGAAAGGUUUGCACAAUAUGCGAUUGGAAUGAUCGAUAGAAUGGAAGUAUCGGUGGACGUAAUGUCGAAAAAGUCGAGCUAUGGCUUGUUUAGAGAAGAAUGGGAAGAGCUUAAAUCUCAGCAGCAGCAACACCAAAUCUUGAAGGAACAUUUUCCAGGUUUUCAAGAUGGGAUGGUUCAAUAAGAUGAAAUUGAAUGAAAUGAAUCAGAUUCACAAUUUGAACUUCAUUUUGAUCUUUAUUAGUCUUUGAGAAGCUGGCGUGUCGCAAUUAUUAGUUGCGAAAUUCAUAAUUUAUAUUACGAUUUAGGAAAUUGAAAGGAAAAGUUUUAAGACAAGAUAUACCCGAGGAAUAAAUUUAUAUUUUUGGUUUGUA